CUCAUCUUUUGGAACUUCUGUGCUGUACAAAACCUUGUAUUCGUCACUCUUCAACGACUGUAACCUCACUUCACUUUCUGUAAUUGCUUUCUGUUAAUGACAAGAAUAUAAGAAUUAGCUUUAUUAGGGUUACUUUACUACGUUACCUUUCUCUCUGCUCUGGAAAAUUUAAUAAAUAAAACCAAUUGAUAACAUCAGAUGAAUUCGUUGACUCUGAAACCCUCCCUUUUUAUAUCCAAUUCUUCUUCUUCUUGUAGUUCUACAUUUAUUUUAUCGGGUCGACCAUCAAUAAGUUUCUCAAGAAAGAGGAAUACUAGCAUCAAGGGAAGGUUAGGCUUGAGAAUUAGAGCUUAUGAUUCUUCCAAGAAUGACUCUUCAAGUAAUUCUGCUGAUUCUAAGCCACCCAGCAGCUCUCUGCCGAAGACCAGGAAAGAUAUUCUGUUAGAGUAUGUCAAGAAUGUGCAGCCAGAGUUUAUGGAGCUAUUUGUCAAAAGGGCGCCACAACAGGUAGUUGAUGCAAUGCGACAAACAGUGACAAACAUGAUUGGAACACUACCUCCACAAUUUUUUGCUGUAACAGUUACCACUGUAGCUGAAAAUCUCGCCCAGCUCAUGUAUAGUGUUAUGAUGACUGGCUACAUGUUUAAGAAUGCACAGUACCGCAUGGAAUUGCAACAGAGCUUGGAGCAAGUUGCUCUUCCUGAAGUGGAAGAAAAAAAGGAUGUGCCAGAUUAUGCACCUGGUACACAGAAGAACGUGUCCGGUGAAGUUAUUCGAUGGAACAAUGUUUCUGGUGCCGAGAAAAUGGAUGCUAAAAAGUACAUUGAGUUACUUGAAGCAGAGAUUGAGGAACUCAACCGUCAAGUUGGCAGAAAAUCCACAAAUGGACAGAAUGAGCUGUUGGAAUAUCUCAAAUCUCUUGAACCCCAAAAUCUCAAGGAAUUGACAAGUAGCGCUGGGGAGGAUGCUGUGCUUGCAAUGAACACUUUUAUUAAGCGACUUUUAGCCGUUGCAGAUCAGGAACAAAUGAAGACGGCUAUAACAGAGACUAGUGCACCUGAACUUGCCAAAUUGCUUUAUUGGUUGAUGGUGGUUGGUUACAGCAUCCGCAACAUUGAAGUUCGUUUUGAUAUGGAACGAGUGCUUGGGACGCCUCCGAAGCUUGCAGAGUUACCUCCAGGAGAAAACAUUUGAUCACUUGUAUGGAAGUGCUAACAAUAACAGCCGGGACAAGGGUAGAAUGCUAUAAUUAAGCGUUGGAUAUAAUAUUUGACUAAGCUGUUGCAGUUUUGAGUUCCCAUGUUUGGAAGGGGCAGCAGCUGAAAAAAGGAAUGAGCUGCUUGAAACGGACACAUAUUUUUGCAAGCUGCUGUUCUUUAAGUAUUGCAAAACCUAUUGAUAAACUGUUGGUAGAAAAGCAGAUUCCGAUUUAUGAUUAUAGUCAAGAUUCUUGCUUCUUUCUAUGUCAAAUUGAUUGAUAAUGAAAAAUUUUAAUUUUGGGGA